CGGAAAGGAAGGAACGGUGUAAUGAACUGUUAUGUGUUUACCGAAAUGUGUAGUGUUUUGUUUAUGAAUUAAAUAUUGUUUAGUUUACAUUAAAUUUAACAAAAGCGAAGCAACAAGAUACUGUACAAUUGUGUCCGAUGUAUGUUUCCAAUAACGAAUUCUAAGGUUAAAUAGUUCCUGAAACGCCGUCCGUUUCGGCUUCAAUAUAAACAAAUCAUCAAGAUGAGUUUAUGAGAGUUGUUGGGAGCAUUGUGCGUGAGUGUUGAAGAUGGGGUGCGCAAGGUACAUCGCGUGCGCGCUACUCUUGCUGUGUCCUCUUGCUCUCAGUCGGCACGACGACGACUUCGCUUUCGACAAUAGCGAAGAAUUCCAGGUUGAAUUAACGGCAAACCACUCAGAGAUAGCUAAGAAUGGCCUAAGGAGAUUGUGGGGUGUACCCGACACGUUGGCCUAUGUAGGACAUCUGUUCCGCAUGGAAAUCCCCAAGGAAGCGUUCUCCGGAAAAGUUGUUGCUUAUAAAGUUCGCAGCGACCACGGGAGGCGUACACCGAACUGGCUGGCGGUGGAUUCGAGGCACGGUCUUAUUAGCGGCAUCCCACAGUACCAGGACAUUGGAACUCACACAUUCACCGUCACCGCUCACGGAUCUACCAAAGGACUCACUGCAACCGAUUCAUUCACUAUCGAGGUGAAAAGGGGUGAAGACAAACCUCAUUCGAAAUACGGGACAUGCAUCGGAGAUGAGAACAGGCUGGUUCUCCUUAUCCUGGUUGACGGAGCGUUCCAUAAGAUCGUGCCUCGGCAGCGGAUAAGAGCCCUGAUGCAACUCGCCAACUUUAUGGCUCUUGAUGGGGACGAAUUUUGGAUGGAACCUUACAAGACUGAAACGCAUCCGGACACGAUAUUAAGCGGAAUCGGUUCUUCAUUGAGGAAACGAGGCGAUGCCACAACUGCCAUAUAUUUGAACGUCGGCUGCGGGAACAAGCUGUGGGAUCGGCACAAGGUGCUGGUGGCGGGGCUGCGGGAGCAGUCGCGCGACGGAACGCUCGAGCAGCUGCUGCGGCUGCCCGUCAUCGGCUGGAGACUCCUGGCCGUCAAGCCCACGUUCAGAAUCAAACGACAGUCCCCGAUGGAGGGGUCGGGCGACAUGUACGACGCGGAGUACGACGGCGACGACGACGCGGACUACAGCGGCUACGACGACGACAACGACGACCUGAACUUCGAGGACGCGCGCCGGAACGAUGUCGGCGUACCGGAGCUGGACGAAGACCACGACGUGAAGAUAACGCCUUACUCCGAAUCUGCUUCGGAAACAAACAACAUAACGUUUGUGCCGGUGUCAUCGAGACAUCUAGAGGACGUUGCCAUAGUGCCAGAUUACAUUCCAACCACGACGGAACCGGAAAUGCAAACCGUUAUGAUACGCGCGUCAAACGAACUGCCGCCUUUGUCGUCCGAGUCGCCCCCGACCGUGACGUCACAGUCCCCCGAGCCACCCACGCAGCCGAUUACCACAUCCUCUACGACGACGUCUACGACCACCCAAGCUCCGGCCACGACGCCGGUCACUGUUCCGGUUACGACGCCUGUGACUACGCCGGUGACUACGCCAGUCGCUACGCCGCCUCCCACUACGACGACCAGCACUACGCCGAUGACCACUGUACCGACAACGGUACCGACUACAACCGAUCCACCAGAAACCACUAUACAGGAGGUCACCAAACAGGAGUCAACUGUGACGGAGGGUAAGAGCACAAUAAUCGGUCAAACCACGGAGACGGUGACGUUCGCGAUGCCUGUCAACCAACCACCGGUCCUCAAACAUCACAUGAAGAAACUCGCUAUAACUGCUGGAAAAGCCUUUAGAUACAUAAUCCCCACCGAUCUGUUCAUGGAUCAGGAGGACGGGAGCAACUUGACUUUCACGAUGUACGAAGCCGAAAACGUCCCCUUAAGCAAAAAUUCAUGGAUACAAUUCAUACCGUCCGACCUUGAAGUUUACGGACUACCGCUGGAAGCCCACGUCUCACGUUGGAACUUCAUAGUGGAAGCUCAGAACAGCGCCGGCCUCAAGGCCCGGGGCCCGCUAGACAUCACCGUGCAGCAACACAAGAGCGGACGCACCAUCAACCACCGCUUCAUCAUGCAGUUCACGCUGCUCAAGCAGUACAAUAACGCCAUCGACUGGCAGAUAAGGGCCUUGGAGGGAAUAGUGAAUUUGUUCCGGGACACCGACAUGGACCACCUGACCGUACUGAACGCAACCCAAACGGGAGAUCUCUGUGAGUUCGUUUGGACGAACGAUACCCUGCCGAAAGACGCGGCUUGUCCUAUGGAUGACAUCAAUAGGCUUAUGAAGAUAAUGGAGUCUGAGUCGGAGCCGGGUCGCGGGUCCCGCUUGUUGUCGCGCGCCAUGUCCCCGGAGCUGGGCGUGCGCGGCGUGCGGUGGGAGGGGGCGGGGGUGUGCGCCGCGCCGCCCGCCACCCGCGCGCCCGACACCUACCCGCCAGUCACCCGCAACCAAGUCGACCACAUCACUGCCUCCGCCGGACACCUGCUCGUCUACAAGGUGCCCGAGGACACAUUCUUCGACCCAGAAGACGGAGGCACCCGUAACCUCAUACUGUCGCUGCGGUACAGCGACCGCACCGAGAUCCCGGCCGGGCACUGGCUACAAUUUGACGCCAAUAACCAAGAGUUCUACGGCUUGCCCACUACUACGGACGAGGGCAGCGUUUCUUAUCAACUGAUUGCUGAAGACUCCAGCAAGAAGACUGCGUACGACAGUUUAAUAGUGGAGGUCGUGAAGGCACCUCCCAUCCGACCCACGGUCGAGUUCCAGAUGACCUUGGAGUAUCCGUUCUUGAAGCUCGCCUUCAACGCUAAAAACAAACGUAAAGUUGUCGAGAAGCUCGCCAACCUGUUCGGACAAAAGGAGACUGAUAAUAUUAGGAUACAAAGCAUUACCAAUAAUCCUACCUCCAUUAUAUGGUACAACACUAGCUUGCCAAUGGACAGAUGCCCGAAGGCGGAAAUCGAACAACUCCGCAAGAUGAUCAUCGUAGACGAUCGCGGCUCUAGAGGCGGCGCUCUCCGCGAAAACGUCGAUCAAGUCUUCGACAAGGACUUCAAAGUGAUGUCGAUAACUCUCAACCCGCUCGGCCUGUGCGCGGAGCAGAACACCAAAGUAUCGAAGGUCCCGCCGGCGCUGUACCCCGGCGCGCCCAACUCGCAGAACAGCAAGACGGGCAGCGCCGCGGAGCAGAGCUACCUCGUGACGUUCAUCAUUCCGGCCGUGGUCAUCGUGUGCAUGAUACUGCUGGCCGGCGUCAUCGCGUGCGUGCUGUACCGGAGGCGGCGGACAGGUAAAAUGAGUGUCGGCGACGAGGAGGAGCGACAAGCGUUCCGUUCGAAGGGCAUACCCGUUAUAUUUCAAGACGAAUUAGAAGAACGUACAGACACCGAACCUAUACACAAAAGUCCUGUUAUAAUGCGCGAAGAGAAGCCGCCAUUGUUGCCGCCCGCACCGGACUACAGAUCGGGCGAGGAUGCCCCGUACCGUCCGCCGCCGCCAUUCGCCGCGUCCCGCACUCCGCCGCGACCCAAAGCCACACCUACCUACAGAAAACCUCCGCCAUACGUGCCCCCAUAAAAUCACUCCACCGCCAUCUCUUAGCUCGUAGUGUAGCCGCGUUCCAAUCAUAAUUAUUAAGGGUCGCCGCACACGGGCCACAGGCCACAACCACAAAAGCCGCCCCGGCAUCUUUCCUGCAAUUUUUAUACAUUUCAUAUGUAGCGUGUGGCGUGUCCGUAUAAAAUGUUUCAAC